AUGGACGGGGUAGCUUGCCCAAAAUGCGAGAAGACCAUGACGGAGACACAGCCUUGGGAAGGUCUGAAAAAGUUCCGGCAGGUUGCUUUGUGGGAGGCUGGUCGCUACGUUGGUAGGAGAGAUGACCGGAAGAUUAAGAAAGACUACAUUGACCUCGAGGACGAAGACACAGAUCCACAAGCCUCAACAUUCACGGUCGCCCAGAAGGAAUUUCUCUUAAAGUCGAUCAACAGCUUAAUGAGGCACAGGUACGGCGAAUGCUUUCGAAACUGUCUCAGUCCCACCUCGGAACUGAAAGCUCUCCGUACAAUGAGGGAAAAACUUCAGGAUGGUCUUUGUCCUUCCAUUGAGGUCCUCAGAGCAGAUUUUGAUCGAAUGGAGCAAACGUAUCCACUUGGGGAUGCUUACCACCACAUACGUACCGAGCAGGCUCGAAGCCUUCGGACUGUUUUUGAGACAUGCAUGGGCGAAUACCCUGGAAAGUGUGAGGACUUGGCCCCUCGAAAGAAAGCGAAGGCGAGGAAGCCUAAGGCCCCGUCUGCUGGAACCACUGCGCGAGCAGAGGCGUCUUCCCCGCCGCGAGCAGCAAAGACUGCGAUGCAGGGUAAGAGAUAUCCCAGAGACCACUGGUGA